AUGAACACUCUGCGCCAGCGAAAAGGAAUCGCCAAGCUACCGCAGGAGCUGUACGACGAGAUCACAGCAUACGCCGUUAAUGGUAGAGGAUGGUAUUCUCACAGUCGGCUCUUUGCUCUCAAGGCCCUGCGCCAGAAUAAGAGCUGGAUCCCGAGGGGCCUGGCCCAGCUCGCUGGUAGCGAGCACAGACUCGCCGUUCAGCACAUCUAUAUCACUGAUGCGCUGGGGAAGGGGUAUCCGGAAGCCGGGGCCCAAGCAAGGGAGAUGGAAGCUCGUGCACUAGACGAGAUACCGAGGAUUCUUUCAGUCCGAGAAGUGUGCGAGCGCAAGGAUGCAUUCGGCGCUGACCGUGGCCGUCCGUCAAGCCCUCCAGCUGCACCUGCUGCCGAAAUUAGAAUGGCUGGACACAAGACAGACAGAGGUCCUGCUUCCGUUCUCGUCCGGCGAAGACUCCGAUCUGAAACAGAUAAUGUCUAA